GUCGACGCUGGUAGGAGCGACAGCUAUUCAGCCAGCAGCUACGCAGUUGUUUGUUCUAUCGGAUUUGUAGGAAUUUUCCACUACGGAGUUUGUUCAGACUGAAGCUUGAAUAAUAAUCCGUGAACUAGUAGACUAAGGUGAUCCAAAACCAGGACGGAACUUUCAGAUAUGCCUCUCAAACCCUUGUCGGCCUAAAUAUCGCGAUUUUGCGUGUUUGUAUGUGUGUGUUGCGGAUGGGGUUAAAGACAGGCUAACUGUUAGCAUCGACAUAUUAGCUGCAGGAGUCCUGUGUGUGUUUCGUCCAUCGUCUUUAUAAUGGAGUAUCUCGGAGGUGGAACCGGGGGAGUGGUAGUGAGCGGCGGAAACGUCCCGGCCUUCCUAACAAAACUGUGGACCCUGGUGGAGGACCCAGAUACCGACCUUCUCAUCUGCUGGAGUCCGAGUGGAACCAGCUUCCAUGUCUUCGAUCAGGGUCGGUUCGCUAAAGAAGUUCUGCCAAAAUUCUUUAAGCACAACAACAUGGCAAGCUUCAUCCGACAGCUCAAUAUGUAUGGAUUCCGUAAGGUGGUGCACAUUGAGCAGGGUGGUUUGGUGAAACCAGAGAAAGACGACACAGAGUUCCAGCACCCGUUCUUUAUCAGAGGACAAGAACACCUGCUGGAGAACAUCAAACGAAAAGUCACUAGUGUGUCGUCAGUCCGUCAAGAGGAAGUUAAGAUCUCCGCAGAUGAAGUUAAUAAAAUCCUAAGCGACGUCCAGAUGAUGAAAGGAAAACAGGAAACCAUCGACUCCAGGAUUCUAACCAUGAAACAUGAAAAUGAGGCUCUAUGGAGGGAAGUGGCCAGUCUGAGACAGAAACAUGUGCAGCAGCAGAAAGUCGUCAACAAGUUGAUCCAUUUCCUGGUGACUCUUGUCCAGACCAACAGACUCAUGGGAGUCAAGCGGAAGAUUCCUCUGAUGCUCAAUGAUUCCAGCUCCGCCCACUCCAUGCCCAAGUACAGCCGGACCUUCUCAUUAGAGACCCCAGCAAGUCUCCUCUCAGCGGAUUCCCCUAUGAAUUCUGGGCCCAUCAUUUCCGACAUCACAGAUAUUGCCGCCUCCGCCCCAGACGAUGUAGUCACCGACUGGACCGACUUGGGAGAGAGUCAGUCAGCUUUUAUCAAAGAGGAACCAUCCAGCCCUGAGGUGGAGGUGCUCGAGAGCGAACAGGAGCCCCUCGUUACAAAUGAAGACACGCCUCUGUCCCCCACUGCCUUCAUCAACUCCAUCCUUCAGGAAAACGAGACGCAGCCGACACAGGUCACCUGCUCCACAACCACCACCACCACCCAGACAGGCAGUCCCGUUGUUGUCCUGAGCCCCAGUGGGCCCCCUCCAUCGCCUCCAACCAUCCAGACAGCGGACCCCGUUAUCAACCCCACCUCUGCCUCUCCCCCCAGCCCCGCCACACCUCGAAAGAAAUGCCAAGCCGUUGCGUGUCUCGACAGGUUCCACCUCCCUUCCUCUGCAGGUGGACUUCCACCUGACGCUUGGCGCAUCGUAUCCAAGCAUCCUGACAAGACUGAACUCGUUGAUCACGUGGACAGUAUUGACAACGGCCUGGAGAACCUGCAGACUAUUCUGAACUCGCAGACCUUUACCUUUGACCCGUCUCCUCUCAUGGAGUUUUUCAGCUCACCUGGUCCCACUCCAGACUUUGACAUCGACAGCUUGGAUACUCUGCUGGCUGAAGAAGCCCCUAAAGAGAGUGAAGGCAGCACAGGAAAGCAGUUGGUGCAUUACACAGCCACUCCUGUUCAGAUAACAGAACCGGUCAGCCUCGGGGAGUGCGGCGCCGACCUGCCGUCCCUCCUGGAGCUGGAGGCGGAGCCCCUGUUCAACUCAGACACGCCCUCCGACAACUCRGGUGACGCCCUGCUGAGCCACACCCAACUCCACUCCGACCCCUGAUAUCGCCAAGAAUGUGACUUCUCCGUAACUCAGAGCACCGGCUGCGGCAGCAAUACACGAUGACGUUGAUCGCUCGUAGAUCAGUCAUUAGGUCAAAAGUCUCGUUUUCAUCGUUCUUCACUCAUUUCUAUACUUUCAGUGUUUUUAUUUUAGAUUUUAUCUCGUUUGCUUCAUUAGUUAGUUUUGUUUGUUUGUUGCUCGUUGUGAAAAAAAGAUUAAAUUAAAAAAGGCAACAGAAGCUCUAACAGAACCCGGGUCACAUGAGGACAGGAACUGGGCGACGGAACCCAUAAUUCAAGAUCAUGUGACCUCGGUCCAGUCGUUUUCUGCAUGUUGAAGUCAGAUUCGAUGGUUUUGUUUGUUUUCACGUGUAAAAAAAAGAAUCUUGAGUAUUUUUGGAAAAAUUUAUUACAAAGCAUUUAUCCUCCUGUUAUACCUCUGUUAUCAUAGAAACAGCUGAUAGGGAUACAUUGAUUUAAGCUGUUAUUGGAUUAUUAUUAUUAUUUUUAAUAAACGGGUUUGCUCCUCUUCAGCCACAUUCAGAUGUUUUACUCAGACUCUCCUCCGCUCGGCUCUGACGGUUCAGGAGACCUGAAAGCUCACAUCCCUCCUGAGUGACGGAUGGAACGCAGCUUGUAUUUAUGUUAAAGAUAUUCACGCCACGGCUCUGCUUCAGUUCUGUGCCGGAGAAAUGUAACUGAGCUACAUUUAUCGUUUUCACCAGUUAUCCACAUAACACAGUUGAAUUGAAAGGAUCAGGUUGUUUCUGUGUAAUGGAUCACUUCAGGACAUCAGGGGUUCUGUUUCAGUUUUAUGAGACAUUUCAGGUGAAAAUAACUUAUCGACGGGAUUUUAUUCCUUUAAAGUCACAGUUGGUGUGUUUUGUUUUCAGAAACGUUCGACUUCUGCUGCUAAAUAAUGAAAAUGUAAUUUUGUUUGAUUUAAUUGUAAAGUUCUCAGAGUUGCUUUUGCUUUGCAGAGUGUAGCUGAGUAUUCAGUGUUUUUCUUUUUCUUAUAUCUCCAGUACUUUUAUCUUUGCUAAUGUCUGUUUUAAUGAACAAAAAUGGUCAUUUAGAAGUUUUAACAGAAUGUUCUGUGACAGUGAGGUGACUCCUGGUGUCCUGAAGUCAUUUCAUCCGUUCACCAACAAAACAAGGCGUUCUGCGAUUUUUAUAUUGACUUUUGUUCAAUAACACAUUCAAGCGUAAGCCAUUUAUUAGAUUUACCUGAGCUCACUUGACAGCUUUCUACGUGCCGACGAGAGGAGGAGCAUCAGAAACUUUGGAUAGAAUGUUUAAAGUAUUUUGAUUGCGAAACUUUGGUUCAAUAAAACCUUUAAAAAGAA